AUGAUAAAUGCAACAAAAUUGAGAAUAACUAGUAGAGAAACAAAUUCACUGUUUCUCUUGUUGAGGAUAACGAAUUUGACAGUGUUGAUGAAGUGUUGGAUGUUAUUGUUGAUAUUGUUGGACUGUACGAGUGCAUACACUCAGCAGAAGUUUGCGAUUGAGCCGCAGGAUCAGAGUGCAGUGGUGGGAACAAGAGUGACACUACCAUGUCGAGUGGUGAAUAAGGCCGGACAGUUGCAGUGGACGAAAGAUGACUUCGGCCUCGGCACGCACCGACAUUUGACUGGUUACGAGCGGUACAGGAUGAUUGGCAGUGAUGAGGAAGGAGACUACUCGCUGGAUAUCAGAGAUGUUAUUUUAGAAGACGAUGCCCUUUAUCAGUGUCAAGUCAGCACUGGACCAAGAGGAGAACCAGCCAUCAGGUCGAGAUCUGCUCGUCUUACUGUGCUAGUACCUCCUGAGCCCCCUAAAAUCUUAAAAGGUCCUGUAGUAGAAGCUGUGGAAGAAGGAGAAAUUAUACUGGAAUGUGUGUCUGUCGGAGGAAAACCAGCUGCCGAAAUCACAUGGGUAGAUAACGAUGGCGGUGUUCUCAAUCAAGGGGUGACCUACACAGCUGAGCUGAUGACAGACGGACGAAGAUAUAUUGCUCGAUCGACUCUUCGACUGAGACCAAGGCGACAGCAUCACGAUCAAACAUACACAUGUCAAGCUCAGAACACCGCAGACAGAGCGUACAAAGCUGCUUCCAUAAAACUGAAGGUAAAGUACGCCCCGAAAGUUCGUAUGAUCAUUAAAUCAAGAGCCACAAACGGUCGGGUGUUAGAGGGGGAUAAAUUAAUUAUAGGUUGCCAAGCCACAGCUAAUCCAAACAACCUUACAUACAAGUGGUUUGUGAACAACGAACUAGUACCAACUGCUAAGGGGAAUGAAUUGGUUAUAUCAAACGUCUCCCGGAAGUACAAUGAGGCGACCGUUAAAUGUGAUGUUCAGAAUGAAGUUGGCAACAGCGCCGAGUCUAAAACCCUGGAAGUUUCGUAUGGUCCAGCAUUCAAGGCGAAGCCACAGAAUGUAGAAGGUGAUGUCGGGACAACGGCAACCCUGUCCUGCUUAGUGGAUGGACACCCGCAGCCUAAAGUACUGUGGUUGCGUUACGAUCAUGAUAAAAUUAUUAGAGCCGGAAAGAAUUCGAAUCUCACGGUGACAAUAAAUAAGCAAACAGCGGGACAGUAUUGGUGCAGGGCUAGUGUGGACGGUUAUCAAGAUAUCGAGGCCCCAGCCAUGGUUUAUGUGAAAGGUCCACCAAAAAUAAUGUCCAAUAAAACGCAAUACGGCGUAGAAGGUGGAAGCGUACACAUCGAAUGUCUCUCGUUCUCGGUUCCAAAACCAGAUCUCGUCAUCUGGAAUUUUGCUGGAAAUGAAAUUGAUUCUUUCAAUAAUCACGAUUAUGUUUUCUUGGAAGAGUCGUUAGCAGAUGGUCUAACUAAAUCUACGUUGGUUAUAAGGAAGAGUGAGGCUAAACAUUUCGGUCCGUAUAACUGUACAGCGUCAAAUGCGUAUGGAAGCGAUAGUGCUGAAAUUAUUCUUAUACCUGAUAAAACCGUACCAUUUAUGGUCAUCGUCGGAGCUGUAUCUUCGAUAACUAUAGUUAUACUAAUAAUAAUGCUCGUUGUAAUGCUGUGUCAUCGUAAAACUAAUAAAUCCGAUGUAAAGAAACCAGAUAUAACCGAAGUUGGUAAAAGUUGUGAUCCAUUCAAAGAUAGCGAUCGUAAUUCUAACAUAAGUGACUUGAAAUUGGAGCUGAGGCAAGUCGAAGGAAGCUGUGAUAUGGAUAUUUCGAACAAUGGGUCAGAGAUGGAGCUUCAUUCGUCACUUCAAUUAACAACAAAUCUAGGUCUUCCUUUAGCUGGACCAGUGCCCUUACCAGACUCUGCGUACGAUAAUGUGCUCAUGAAGCAGUACCAGAGAUACAGCGGUGAUUUUAAUCAGCCUAUCCAUAACAUGCAUUUUAAGACACACGAUCAGAGUAACGGAUACGUACCCUAUGUGGACUAUUCUAGAGACUACGCCCCACCGCAGUCUAAUGAUUCGAUGACGGGUUCCUUAUCUCGAAGCACUGAUGCAUCAACGUACCAGAGCCACUGCGGCUCGUUGAACCGACAAGGAAGUUGUGGUCGUUUGACAGGAAUGAUUGGACCAGAUGUUAUACCAAUGGGAAACCCCGGAGUUGUAAUGACAGGAAUGGAUGUGAGAUAUGCGGCAACAUACGGUAACCCAUACUUGAGGGGGAACGCAGGUCCUUUACCUUACGUUUCUUCAGUAAAUACUUUAGUUAAAAAUGCUCCACCGCCGUACUAUACAUUACGAAAUACUAACCAUCGACCGCCAACUACGUCAGUAACGUCACCGUCUUCAUCAUCAGCAAGACCCUAUACCAGUCCGCCUAUAUCAUCACCCACUAAUAAUAGUGCUCAGCCCCAAGUACCUAAGACCCCGCCACAAGCGGCCGGGGCGUUGUAUAUCCUUCCACCGUCCAGUCAGUCGAAUAUGCAUUCUUCUCAAAUAUCUACCAAAGGUUCCGGAACUCACGUCUAAUAAAGAAAAUUAUAAAUUAUGAAAAAUUAAAGGUUCUAAACCGUCUCGUUGUAGAACGAAAAGCUUUAUUCUAAACUAGUUGAUAUCGAGUUUUAAUUUACAACUAAAUAACGGUCUUAUCUAUUAAAAUAUGUACAAAAAAAAAACAAACAUCUGAAAUGUAUACGUUUGUAAAAAUAAAGUUUCCAAUUAAGGCCCUUAGGUGAUAGUCUCUUGUGUCAUUUAUGUAAAAUACUUAACAAUACUCGAUUAAGCCUAAUUAUAAAGCUUUAAGUAUGAAUGUCAAAGAUUUGAAUUUCAUUAAGUUUUGAUUAUAAAUAUUAAGGGCAGCUACACAUCGACGACAAGACUGUCUUAGGUUAAUUUUAAAAUUGCAAAAAAAAAAUU